AUUAACAUGUGGCUUGUGUAUCUGCUGACAAAAGGCUUUUUAUCUGUUACACUGCUGUUUGCAGUGCAAUUAACAAAGAUAUCCAGGUGUACCGCACUGUAGCGCUCUCAAGAGGCUUUACACUCCAGUUCGUUGACGGACUGACACGGGAGCAUAUUCUGGAAGACAAACCUAAAAAGGAAAUAGGCCCCCCCAACAUAAGAGGGGAAUCUUUGGAGACGCCAAAGUAUCUCUGUGGAUACUCUCCUGUGUGGUCAGUCCAAGACCUCCGAGCACACAUCAGCGGCAGCCGGGACCUGGGAAUUUGUCCAGACUCGGGAGGGGGCGCGCCAUACCUCACUUGGCUGGGAAGCUGAGCUGGCCGCGUGGUCGGUGGGCUUACACGCAACACGUCUAACCGAACCCUCCGCACCCACCCGCGCGGUUAAGAGCUGUGCGGGGCUCCGCGCCGGCCCCCGCUCAGUCCACCCGCAGUGGCACCACAGCUCCCGCCAUCCGACCUGAGGCGACCCCUCUCGGGGCCGGGCGCCUGCUUUCCGAGCCGCCCGUCUCUCCUGGCCUAGGAGUGGCGGGAGUCUGCGGGGAAGAAAGGGACGUGGAGGCCUCGGGUUGGCGGCGGCUAUCCCACGGUUCCGCGCGCAGUCCCCGGUGGGUCACAGUACUUAACAAACCCGCCAGACCCGGCCAACGGAAGUGCGCCGCUUCCUUCCGGCCGGCGCUGCACGAGACGGGGCGGGGGCUCACACUGACGGACAGCUCCCGGGGCCUAUGGGCACGGCCUCAGCGGCCCGGCCUCCCCGGGGCCGCUAACGCCCCCUGUUCCCCGUUUCUGGGGUGUCGCACAAAGCUCCGAGGCUACCCGGUCCUCGUGGUCCCCGCGGCGUGUGGCGUGCUGUCGUGCGGCCCCGCCCCCGCGGCCCUCAGUACCCCCAGCCCGGCCAGCCUCCUUUCCUGCCUGGAGCCGUGCGACGACGGCUGAGGCCGCAGGAGCGGGAACGUUUGGAAGGACAAUGCGUAUAAGUCUUUGACAGCAUGAUAUCCAUCAGGCAAAGAAAAGGAAUAAAAACCACAGAAGUUUCUGAGGAUUAUGCAGCACAAGAAGAAAAUGUGAAGUUGGAAAAUAAAUUGCCAUCUGGUUAUACCAAUAGAAGAUUAUGGAAGAUUCUGUCAUUUACAGUUGGUGGAACCAUUGCCCUUUGCAUUGGACUUCUUACUUCUGUCUACUUGGCCACUUUACAUGAAAAUGAUUUAUGGUUUUCUAAUAUUAAGGAAGUGGAGCGGGAAAUCUCAUUCAGAACAGAAUGCGGACUGUAUUACUCCUACUACAAGCAAAUGCUGCAGGCUCCAACCCUCAUGCAAGGUUUUCAUGCCUUAAUAUAUGAUAACAAAACUGAAUCUAUGAGGACAAUUAACCUCCUUCAACGAAUGAAUAUUUACCAAGAGGUUUUUCUCAGUAUUUUAUAUAGAGUUCUACCCAUACAGAACUAUUUAGAGCCAGUUUAUUUUUAUAUUUACACCUUGUUUGGGCUCCAAGCAAUCUAUGUCAUAGCUCUUUAUAUAACCAGCUGGCUUCUUAGUGGUACAUGGCUAUCAGGACUACUAGCAGCUUUCUGGUAUGUCACAAAUAGAAUAGACACUACAAGAGUUGAGUUUACCAUCCCAUUGAGGGAGAACUGGGCACUGCCAUUCUUUGCAAUUCAAAUAGCAGCAAUUACAUAUUUCCUGAGACCAAACUUACAGCCUCUUUCUGAAAGGCUGACACUUCUUGCCAUUUUCGUAUCAACUUUUCUCUUUAGUCUGACAUGGCAAUUUAAUCAGUUUAUGAUGCUGAUGCAAGCAUUAGUGCUGUUCAUACUGGAUUCCUUGGACAUGUUGCCAGCAGUGAAAGCAACAUGGCUAUAUGGUAUCCAGGUAACAGGUUUAUUCCUGGUCUGUGUUCUUCAGUUUUUUAAUUCCAUGAUUCUUGGAUCAUUGCUUAUCAGUUUUAAUCUUUCAGUAUUAAUUGCAAGAAAACUUCAGAAAAAUCUGAAAACUGGAAGCUUCCUUAAUAAGCUUGGAAAACUAUUGUUACAUUUAUUUGUGGUUUUAUGUUUGACACUUUUUCUCAACAACAUUGUCAAGAAAAUUCUUAACCUGAAGUCAGAUGAACACAUAUUUAAAUUUCUGAAGGCAAAAUUUGGGUUUGGAGCAACAAGAGAUUUUGAUGCAAAUCUGUAUCUGUGUGAAGAAGCAUUUGGCUUCCUGCCUUUUAAUACAUUUGAAAGGCUUUCAGAUACUCUCCUCUUCUAUGCUUAUAUAUUUGUUCUGUCCAUCACAGUGAUUGCAGCAUUAGCUGUUGUCUUCCAUAAUCUCAGUAAUUCUUCAAAUCAGCAAUCCAUGGGUAAAGUGGGAAAGUGCACAAUCAGCCUGAAACCAGAAACUGCCUACAACUUAAUACAUACCAUUCUGUUUGGAUUUUUGGCAUUGAGUACAAUGAGAAUGAAGUACCUCUGGACAUCACACAUGUGUGUGUUUGCAUCAUUUGGCUUAUGCAGCCCUGAAAUAUGGGAGUUACUUCUAAAGCUGAUCCAUCUUUAUAACCCAAAGAGAGUAUAUAUAAUGCGAUAUUCAGUACCAGUAUUAAUACUGCUGUAUCUAUGCUACAAGUUCUGGCCAGGAAUGAUGGAUGAACUCUCCGAAUUGAGAGAAUUCUAUGAUCCAGAUACAGUGGAGCUGAUGAACUGGAUUAACUCUAACACUCCAAGAAAGGCUGUGUUUGCUGGAAGCAUGCAGUUGCUGGCCGGAGUUAAGCUGUGCACAGGAAGGACCUUAACCAACCACCCACACUACGAAGACAACAACCUGAGAGAGCGAACCAAAGCGGUUUAUCAGAUAUAUGCAAAGAGGUCUCCAGAGGACGUGCAUGCCCUCCUGAGGUCCUUUGGCACUGACUACAUAAUCCUGGAAGACAGCAUCUGCUACGAGCGAAGGCACCACCGGGGCUGCCGGCUGCGUGACCUGCUAGAUAUUGCCAACGGACACGUGAUGGAUGGCCCAGGAGAAAAUGAUCCAGAUUUGAAACUUGCAGGCCACCCUCGCUUCUGUGAAGAGAUAAAAAGAAACCUGCCACCCUAUACAGCAUACUUCACUAGAGUGUUUCAGAACAAAACAUUCCAUGUUUACAAGGUUUCUAGAAAUAAGUAACAAAGCUAUCUGUUUAAUCUCUAUUUUUGAUACCAGAAACUCUACCAUAAUGAAACUCAAUAGAUGAUGUUUCAUAUGUAGUUAGUAGCCUGUACCUUAAAGCUGUGAUAUGAGUAAGUUCUACAGAUGUUUACACAAGUGUUACCAUCUUUGAAGUAUCUUAUACAAGCUUGAGUCUUUUUCGUCUUGUUUCAUCAGUAUUCUUUAGCCUAAUGUUCUCAACUUUCUAAGAAUGAUCUAGGAUUUUGUUGCUGGGGAGAAAAAUAAGUGUUCCAUAGGUAGCCUGAGCAGCCACAUGUUAUUUUGGAAAUCUAGGGUCUGUUCCGGAUUUGAAAUACUUAUAAUUUUUAACUGAUUUAAGACAGCUGUGGUUGAAUCAAAUAGAGGGGAAUGCAUAUUUAAAUUAUUUAAUAUUAUUUCACUAAUGAAGACCAAUGGUAGCUUUUUAAAAAGCUCUUUAUUGUCCUGUUUCACCUAAAAAAUUUUUAAGGUUUUCCAGUUGUCAGAUUUUUUUAAAUCAUGUUAUGUCUUUGUAUGUAUGUUAAAAUUUUGUUGCUGUGCUCUGAAAUGUAAUGUGUAGCACUUUAGUAGCAUGUGUCCUAUGUGUGUGUGAGUGUAUGCGUGUGUGUGUGUGUGUGUACAUACACAUGUGCGUGCAUGUUUUAACGCUGGGCUCAGAAAAGUAUUACAAGUUUAAUAUUGUAAGUCCUUAAAGGAACAGAAAUGUUAUGUAGCCAAGUAGAAUUUGUUACUGUUUAGUGUUAUUAUUUUAAAACCUAUUGAUACUACUUAAUCUAUAUCCAGCAAGUAAGAAAAUUUUUAUUUCUUACACAUUUAAAUUUACUGGGUUUGCAAAAUUUUGUAAACUUUUUAUUUUUAGCCUUUGUAUUUUUUACAGCCUAGAACCUUGCAAAGCCAGAAUAUUUUUUAAAUGUUGUAUCUGAACUAAUUCACUAAUAUGAUAUUUUUGGCAGAGAGCGUUUUCAUACCAAGUUUGAUUUGUAGUCUCCAUUCUUACUGUGAAGGCCCUGAUAGCGUUACUCUUUUCCUUACUAAAAGGUAACCAAGUGCCUCUUAAGUCAUGCUUAUUUGUAAACAGCAAAGAGUAUUAUGCGUACCUACUCAAAAAUUUUUUGGUAAUUGCCUUUAUAAUUAAUUUCUAACCAUGGGGAUGUGUAAAAAUUGCUGACAAAAGCAUAUGGUGCACUUAAUUAAAUCAAGAUGGCUAAUGAAAUCAACUUUCUCCCUUGUUCCUGCCAGUUGGAAAUUAUUUAAAUGUUUCUCCUUGCAGUUAUAUUGAAGGUAAAUUACAGUAGGCAUCAAGAUGGAUAUAUCAUAUGUUCAAAUGAUUUUAUAUUCAGUUGCUACUUACUAAGCAGUAUUCAGAAAGAAAUUUUACACUGUCAUGUUAGACGUAAGGAUACUCUGCUUUUAUCAAAUUAUUUAAAUAACAAAUUGACAGUAUCUGGGUUAUUAAAUUAUUCAACUGAAACUCUUCAAUUAUGUCUUUCCUGUGUCCCAUCGUAAGGUUGGAGACUACUGCAGUUAGGGUAAUACAAUAAUAAAGCAUUUUAAUCAGUACUAAAACUUCAAUUCAACUGCUAAUGACGCAUGCCUCUUGUAGCUGACAGCAUGGGUCAGUGCAUCCUGCAGCGAGUGCCUUACUCCAAUUGAAACCAAGCACAUGUAAGGUACAACAUGCUAGACGGUGUUGUUUUGUUUUUAAAAUCCUCUAUUUCCUUCUCAGCUGUAUUUCAAUUUAUUUGAAACAUUCCCAUAUGCAUUAAUCUAAGCAUUUGGUCAUUUGGAGUUUCAAUAUGCAAGACACAAGUACUUAAAUUUUUAUGCUAUCAUCACUGCAUUGAUGGCAUACAGUGAUCUUUUUUCCAUAGUUUAGGUGCCAUUAUUGCCAAAACACUUAGUAUGAAGUCUUUAGUGAAAAAUGUUAAGUGCCAAAAAAUCUUGCAAGAUAGAAUCCAUAUAUACACUCUUUCCAAGACACUGUGACUGUGUGUAGGAGACAUUUUUAUUUCCUGAUGACCAAAUCUCUAAAUGAAUCAUGUUAAGUAUUUUUAGUGCUCAUCAGUAUUCUUUUACAAAUUUCUCUCUGGAGUACAUGGGAGACAAGAGAGAAAAAGUGACUGACUCCUGGCUCUUUACCAAGCCAAAGCACAUGACCUGUGCCUAAGCUCCCCUGCCAUACAGAUCUCUUGUGACUUUGUUAACAUUUGGUAAUAGCCUCAAAUUGUGGCUGUUUUUUAUGGAUAGACUAACCACUUAAUUUUGCUUCAGAGUUAACAUUCAGAAGAACACCUAAGGACAAUAAGUGCUCUUAAUUAACCUCUACUUACAAGACUCAGCAGAUCCCCUGACAGUCUCCAUUCCUCUUGUAAACUGCCCACCCAGCACUGCUGGGGGCCCUUCCUGGUAUUCUCCCUCCCUUGAGUUCUACACCCAUGUUGAACAACUUUGUGCAAGUGCUACUUCUUACUGUAAGUAUAUUAGUUCAACAUAAGCCUAGAGAAUAUGGGUGUAAAGAGAAAGGGUUAUUUCUGCAAAAAAUAUCUUGGAUGCUUUGGUAAGAUUUGAUUAAGUUUGAGUUGCUAAUAAAAAUUACUUAUAAAUUAGAUUGGGAAAAUUAUAAAAUAUUGGGAAAAACAUAAAAUUCAAGAAAAUUUAUGAGCUUAGAUUGCUUCAUAGGUUUAUGUAAGUAUUUGUUCCACUUUAUAUAAAUCUUGAUUGACCAGAAGGUAUUAAAAUGUACCCAAAUCAUAUUAUUGGUAUAAUUUAUGCAAGAAUAGAACUGCAAUUCUUGGACCCUUAUGCAAAGGAAAGGCCUUGGCUUUACAUCAAAAGAUUAGCAAAUGAAUGUACAUUUAUACACUUAAAAGUUAUGAUUUCCUACUUUAAUCUAGUUACUUCAUUAAAUGACUUCAUUAAAUGACUGAUACUGAUCAUAGUGGCUAAUAGAAAUUCUACUAUAGUUGAAAUGUUCUAGUCACUUUUAUUACAGACUUAAAAAAUGGGGAUUCAUUUAAGAUAUAUUAGCCAGGAGCAUACUUAGGUGUUAUAUAGGCCAUUUGUUGUCCACUUAAAGAUGAUUUUUUUGACCUUUGUGAGAUCACUAGAUAAAUAUAUAUAUGUAUGUAUGUGUGUAUGUGUAUGUGUGUGGUGAGUGCUGCCAGAUGACAAGGACAUGUGUAGCUAUUUCAUCUGGUCUGCAUCUUUACUUCACAAAUAACUAAAAAUGUUUAUUCUAAUUCCACAUGAACUUUGUCUAAGAUGUAACUGUUUUAGCUCAUUAUUGGCUAAAACCUGCCUGAAUUAACAUAGAAAGAUUCCAUUUUUAAAAUUUCAUUUAAACCUUGGAAUUAAUAAGAAGAUAUUAAAAUGUUCUCAAGUCAUAUAUUUUGGUUAAUAUGUUCCCUUUAUGUAUGACAACCUUUUGGCCUAGAAGAGAGGGUGGAAAAAAGCUUUUAAGACGGGAGAGUGGCUUCUUAUGUCAACUGGCAAUUGGUGUUCUGUAUUUAACAUCCUAUGGGUAAAAUCUUACAAAGAGGUUUUAUAAUUUGUUUUACUGAAUUGUAUGGAGAUUAUAUACUAAAUAAAGCUCUUUUAAGUUACAUAA